UGAUCCAAUUUCAAAUCUAAGGACAGCAAUGAGGCUUCUUUAAAAGAGCUUCUACACCAAAAGGAUCCCUCCUUUUAAUCCACCUGUAGUCCCCUGACUACAGUCCCUAAGACCUGAGGACUCAUCAGGGUGUGACGGCAUGUCUGUGCUCAAAAUCUUUUGCUGUUUGCUCUUAAUGCAUCACCUCAAUGAGGGGAAGAAAAUUAGAGGAAGCAGAACAGGUGUAAUGAGCACAGGAGAUAUUGGUGUCCAGUGGGUGAAAGAGCCACAUGUCAGCAGUUCAGUCUUCAGCCUGUUUUUAGGAGGUGAGGACACCUGCACGCUGGACCUGCUGCAGCUGCACACUCUUACCUCCUGUGGCUUCAACAGCAGUAAUCCCCUCAUCAUCAUCACUCACGGGUGGUCGGUGGAUGCUGUGAUGGAGACCUGGGUGCUCAGGUUAGCCACAAUUCUCAAGGAAAAUCUGGUUGAUGUAAAUGUGGUGAUCACCGACUGGCUGCUCCUGGCUCACCAACACUAUCCUAUAGCAGUGCAGAGCACCCGCACCGUUGGAAAAGACAUAGCCCACCUGCUACAGUUACUUCAGGACGUGUACCAGUACCCAGUUAAAAAAGCUCAUCUGAUUGGCUACAGCCUCGGUGCUCACAUCUCUGGAUUUGCUGGAAGUUAUUUUAAAGGUUCAAGAAAGAUCGGUAGAAUCACUGGUCUCGAUCCAGCAGGGCCGCUGUUUGAAGGCAUGUCUCCCACAGACAGAUUAUCUCCUGAUGAUGCAGAGUUUGUGGAUGCUAUUCACACCUUCACCCAUGAGCGUUUGGGCCUCAGUGUGGGCAUCAAGCAAGCUGUGGCACAUUAUGACUUUUACCCCAAUGGAGGAGACUUCCAGCCAGGGUGUAACCUGCAACACAUCUAUGAACACAUAAGCGAGUACGGCCUCAUCGGCUUUGAACAAACUGUAAAAUGUGCUCAUGAGCGGUCCGUCCAUCUAUUCAUCGACUCCCUGCUGAAUAAAGACAAGCAGAGCAUGGCCUACAGGUGCAGCGACAACAACGCUUUUGAGAGGGGCGUCUGCCUCGACUGUCGGAGGAACCGCUGCAACACUCUGGGCUAUGAUAUCAAGAAGGUCCGCACCGGCAGAGGAAAGAAGUUCUUCCUGAAGACAGGCUCUCGGAUGCCUUUCAAACUCUUCCAUUACCAGUUCAGGAUCCAGUUUGUCAAUCAGAUGGAGAAUGUUCAGCCCUCUCUCACCAUCUCCCUCACUGGAACAAAAGAUGAGAGCAGAGACCUUACCUUCACGAUCAAUGAAAAUAUUUUAGGUAACAAAACCUUCACUUUCCUGAUCACGCUGGACAAAGACUUGGGGGAGCUGAUGAUGCUCGAAUUACACUGGGAGGGGUCGGCUCUGUGGAGGAACAUGUGGAACCGGGUGCAGACCAUGAUUCUUUGGGGCAACCAGGAGAGAAACCCACAGCUGACUCUGGGCAAAAUCAGUGUCAAAGCAGGGGAGACACAGGAGAGGACAUCAUUUUGUGCCAUGAAUAAUGAUGGGCAAGAUGUCGAAGUGUCUCAGGAUAAAGUGUUUGUGCGCUGCGAAGAGGACAUGCCAAAACAGCGCAAAAGAAAGCACAACUAAUGGACUUGCUUCGGUCACGCAAUCUCUUUAACAGACUCAGAAUCACUGAUGAAGACCCUGGAAUGUGACAACUUUCUCAGGGCAAAGCCAUGCAAACUCAGGGGGUCAUUUACAAACAGGCACAGAUAUAUUAAACUUGUAUAAGUUUAAAAACGAUGGUAAUCUGUGUUUGGCAUGUGAUACUCUGCUUUUGUAAUUCUUCCCACUGGAGGCUCCACAGCCGUAGUUACUCCUGUGCCAUACUAACCAGAAGACAAAAACACCCUCAGAAGAUCCUCGACUGUGGUUACACCACAGAGGUUUCCCUUUGUUUAAAUGAUUAUGCAUCAUUUAUGAAACAUCAGAAGAAAAUAUUAUUGAUUAAAAGCACACCAGAGAAAAAAAAAGUAUAAACUGAGUUAAUUUCUA